CCUUGUAUAAUCAUAAAUGCAUCUCUGCAGAGCAGGAUGGCUCAUAAGCGAGGGAUGUCAUCUGAAAACCUUCUGUCCAAUAUUGCUGUGAGUGGCUUCCUGCUCCUGAUGUCCGCCUGCAAAGGUCAUUUACAGCAGAUGGACUCAUCUCAGUCAGUUACAGCAAUGGUUGGUGAGGACGUUGUUCUGCCGUGUCACCUGGAACCUCCUAAAGAUGCUUCUCAGAUGACGGUGGAAUGGGGCAGACUUGACCUUGAACCCAGAUUUGUGUUUGUGAGUCUUGAUGGUCAAGCAUAUCCAGCUGACCAGAAUGAAGCCUACAAAGGAAGAUCAUCAAUGUUCCCUGACAAACUGAAAAAUGGAGAUAUUUCCCUGAAACUCUCUGAUGUGAGACACUCUGACAAUGGAAGAUACAGAUGCUACAUACCAAACGAGGAGAAAGAAUAUUUUGUCGACCUUGUUGUUGGUUCUGCCUCCUCACCUGAUAUUAGUAUAGCAGGUCUUGAUGCAAGCAACAGUGGAGUGAUGUUGGACUGCAGCUCUGCAGGCUGGUAUCCAGAAGCUGAUAUCUUCUGGCUGGAUGGGGAGGGAAACAUCAUGUCUGCUGGACCUGCAGAUAAAAUCAGAGGUCCUGAUGGUCUCUACAGGGUCAGCAGCAGAGUGACUGUGGAGAAGAGACACAACAACAACGUUACCUGCAGAGUUCAACAGAAGGACAUCAACCAGACCAGAGAGACACACAUUUAUGUCCAAGAUGGUUCCUUCAUUCCUCCGCCUGACUGCAGUGUUUCUAUCAGCUUUAGUGUGAUGUUGGGCCUCACACUUCUUCUUGGAGCUGUUACUUUUAUCUGGUUAAGGCAACAAACUAAAAUCUCAAUAAAGAAACUAAAAGACAAAGUGAAUGAAGAGCAACAGCAGCUCAUGGCCGAAGAAAAACAGAAUCUGGCUCAGAAAAAGUCAAAACUAGAGGAGGAGAUACAAAAUAGAAACAAGGAUCAGAGAAGCAUUGAUCAGCAGAUUGAAGCAUUCACGAAAAUGUCAGCGGAACUGAAGGAGCAGAAAAUAAAACUCGCUGGUCAAAUAGAGGAGGCAGAGAAGAUGGUUGAAGAGGAUGAGAGGAAGCUUAAGGCAGUUGAUGACGAAGUAAGAAACCAGACGGGGAACAAGGCAGAAAACAGAGCACAAAGAUACUUAAAACUGAAAGUGCUCAUAACAGACAGCAAUGACAGACUGGAUAAGAUAAAGAAAGGUAAUCAACAUGUGGAACUGAUGACAGAGAAACUAAUGGGUAGAACAUGUGAUGAGGUCACCAAGCUGAAUGAGAGAAAACAGGAAAUAGAGAACCAUCUUGAGGAAAAACAAAAACAGCUUAAAGAAAUAGACACAGAUGGGAUUUCACUGCUGAGAAAGAAAUAAAUCAGCUCUAAAUGUUUUCUACAUCAUGUGAGAAAACAAAUGUGUCUAAGAGGUUCAACUCAGCAGGUUUGUUGAUUUUCCUGUUAUGUGGUUGUUUUGUGAUUAAAAAAUAUGAAAUAUAUAAAUAUUUAUAAGGUGAACCAUUUAAAACAUUUACAUAAUAUUGCAGAAAUAUCAGGGAACUAGGAAAUCUGGUUAUGAUUGUAAUGUUUAUUCUAAGAAUUAAUUUGUAUCGUAGGCUUCUCAGUUCACAAAUUCACUUCAGUUUAUAUCAGUUUAAUUUAACUGACUCCUCAUAUAUCCUCCUACAUGUUGACCUGUGAUGACUGUAAAGCUUUUUACUGUGAGAAAAGGCAAUGGAGCAUUAAUCAUUGUGUAAGAGAUGAAAUUAUAAUAGCUGCCAUUUGUUUUUCUUUACUAACGAAAUUAAAUUUUUACCUGUCUUGUUC